AUGGCAAAUACUGCUCAUUUGAUGCGGCGACAGAGUUCGCGGGAUCUUUAUGCCCAACGCUCCCUGGAUAGAAUGGAAAUGAAGGAAUUGCGUGGGCGUUUGGUAACUAUGGAGAAUGGUCAUCCAUCACACCGUACUCAUGUCAUGUAUGGUGCAACUAAUGAGGCUUUCGAAGACACCAGUCCCAACCGACAAUCUUCAGAGACUCCAACUAGUAAAGCUAGUUCUGGUGAGGAUCGAGUUGUUAAGCCUGAAGGAGUAGAGUGCGAGAGAGAGUCGUGGGACAGCAAGCUAACUUUCCUCCUUGCCACCGUUGGCUACGCAGUUGGACUGGGUAAUGUAUGGCGAUUCCCAUACCUGGCACAGAAAAAUGGUGGUGGUGCAUUCUUAAUACCUUACUUUGUUAUGUUGGCGAUAGAAGGCAUACCAAUCUUUUAUCUAGAGUUGGCCAUCGGGCAGCGUCUGCGGAAAGGUGCUAUUGGUGUUUGGCAUCAAGUGUCUCCAUAUCUUGCUGGUAUUGGAAUAAGUUCGGCUGUGGUCUCAUUUAACGUUGCACUGUACUACAACUCUAUCAUAGCGUGGUGUUUGUUCUACUUCGCGCAAAGCUUCCAAGCGGAGCUGCCUUGGUCUGAAUGUCCGAAGAAAUACUUCAGCAAUGGAUCGUACGUGCCCGAGCCCGAAUGUGCUGCGAGCAGCCCAACUCAAUACUUCUGGUACAGAACAACCCUGCAGAUCUCCGAAGACAUCAAUUACCCAGAGACUUUCAACUACAAGAUAGCUCUUGCUCUCGUUAUCGCCUGGAUUUUGGUCUAUUUGUGCAUGAUUAAAGGAAUAGCAUCUUCAGGAAAAGUUGUGUACAUAACAGCUACUUUCCCAUACAUAGUCCUUGUUAUAUUCUUCUUUAGAGGGAUCACUUUAAAGGGUAUGAGCGAUGGUCUCAUACAUCUUUUUACUCCAAAGUGGCAUACGAUUUUAGACCCUGUGGUGUGGCUGGAAGCCGGUACUCAAAUAUUCUUUUCGCUUGGUCUGGCAUUUGGCGGCCUCAUAGCUUUCUCAUCGUAUAACCCAGUGGAUAACAAUUGCUACCGAGACGCGAUUAUGGUCUCAAUGACUAAUUGCUUAACGUCUAUGUUCGCUGGAAUCGUGGUGUUCUCGAUCAUAGGUUUCAAAGCCACUAUGGUGUAUGAGAAAUGCUUGAGUAUGAGGAAUGAAACUCUAUUGGAAGUGUUCGGUUCUUCGUAUAGAUCCAUUGUGUUCCCCGAAGAAGGGCAACCGGUGACUGUCGAUGUGAAUGGCAAUUUGACAACAGUCUUGAUGCCCCAUUUACCAGAGUGCGAUCUGCAAAAGGAAUUGGAUAAUACAGCAUCAGGCACCGGCUUAGCCUUCAUAAUAUUCACGGAGGCUAUCAACCAGUUCCCAGGGGCUCAGUUCUGGUCCGUCCUAUUCUUCCUCAUGUUGUUUACACUGGGUAUUGACUCGCAGUUCGGAACAUUGGAGGGAGUCGUGACCUCCAUAGUGGACAUGAAACUCUUCCCCAAUCUUCGCAAGGAGUACCUAACUGGCGGAUUAUGCCUGGUCUGCUGCCUACUGUCUAUGGGUUUCGCUCAUGGUGCCGGCAGCUAUAUUUUCCUGCUCUUCGAUAUGUACAGUGGUAACUUCCCGUUGCUGAUUAUUGCCUUCUGCGAGUGCAUUGGGAUCGCUUACGUAUAUGGUGUUAAAAGAUUCGCGGACGACAUAGAGCUGAUGACCGGGCGCAGACCUGGCAUCUACUGGUUAAUCUGCUGGAAGUAUUUGUCGCCGUUAGCAAUGCUCUGCAUCCUCAUAUCAUCAUUUGCCGAACUAGCUGUAGAAGGGGCGGGCUACGAUGCGUGGAUUGCAUCAGAGGGAGACACCGUGAGGAAACCGUGGCCCGUGUGGGCUGUGUUACUGGUACUCGUGCUUGUGCUAGCUUCUGUAUUGUGGAUACCGGCACUUGCUAUUUGCAGAUAUUUUGGCAUACCGAUCAUAGAAGACGAAGAACGUGCAUGGUUCCCGGCUGAUGACUUGCGCGACUUCCACGGUAUCGAACCCCGACCCGUCUCUAGAGUAGAGACCCUCCUAUUUUGCACACGACCCGAUGGUUCAGAGGGCUGUUGUUGGCCUGGUUGCUGUGAAACUGACGACGAGGAAUAG